ACAAUGGUUUGGGGAAAGUAAUGGCUAUUUUCAUGCCGGGGGAACAGCCUCACUCAGGAAUGGUAUGGCCUCACAAGUCUUGGUCUAUCCAUCAUAUAUUUAUCAAACUCAGCCAAGUGCCUUUUCUAAUGUGAAGAAACUGAAAGUGGAGCCAAGCAGUUGUGUGUAUCAUGAAAGAGCCUACCCACAGCUCUAUUUGAAUGGUAACAAUUUUGGAAUCACUCAGCCUCCUAGUAGGGUUGGUGCUUUCUUGCAGGCUACAAAUAUAUUUGACAGACCUCAAAGAGAGACUUUUUUGUUGCAGACCAGCACUGUUGAUUUAAAAACUAUUGCAGGUGCUACAAAAACCUUAGCAGUGCAGGCACAACAACCUCAAGUGGAAGCACCUUGGCCUGGGACCCAGGAAAGUGAGUUGAACAUCUUGGACCGUCCCCAGCAAUGUGGAUUGAAGCGUAAGAGUGAAGAGUUAGAAAAUCAGAGUGGCGCAAUGCAGAUUGUUGAUGAACUGCCUAUAUUGCCUGCUAUGUUGCAAACAAACUUGGGAAACCCAAUGACAGUUAUGACAACUACUGCAGCUUCAAAACCAAACGGUACCAGUGGUGAUGGAGAUUAUCAGUUAGUGCAGCAUGAGGUAUUAUGUUCUGCAAAAAAUACUUACGAGGUUCUUGAUUUCCUUGGGCGAGGGACUUUUGGCCAAGUUGUAAAGUGCUGGAAAAGAGGGACAAAUGAAACAGUGGCAAUCAAAAUCCUGAAGAACCACCCAUCUUAUGCACGUCAAGGACAAAUAGAAGUGAGCAUAUUAGGAAGAUUAAGUACAGAGAAUGCUGAUGAGUUUAAUUUUGUGAAAGCCUAUGAGUGCUUUCAACAUCAUAACCAUACUUGCUUAGUUUUUGAGAUGUUGGAACAGAAUUUGUAUGACUUUCUGAAACAAAACAAAUUUAGCCCUCUUCAGCUAAGGGUAAUUCGGCCUAUUCUGCAACAGGUGGCCACUGCACUGAAAAAACUAAAAAGUCUUGGUUUAAUACAUGCUGACCUCAAACCAGAAAAUAUUAUGUUGGUGGAUCCAGCACGGCAGCCUUACCGAGUUAAGGUAAUUGACUUUGGAUCUGCUAGUCAUGUAUCAAAGACAGUCUGUUCAACAUACUUGCAAUCUCGCUAUUACAGAGCACCAGAAAUCAUAUUGGGUUUGCCAUUCUGUGAAGCCAUAGACAUGUGGUCCUUGGGCUGUGUGAUUGCUGAGCUUUUCCUUGGAUGGCCACUAUAUCCAGGAGCCCUUGAAUAUGAUCAGAUUCGCUACAUUUCACAAACACAAGGAUUUCCUGCGGAGCAAUUGUUGAACCUUGGAACGAAGACCACACGAUUUUUCUGUAGAGAAAAAGAUGCGCCAUAUUCUGGUUGGAGAUUAAAGACACUGGAAGAACAUGAAGGUGAAACAGGUAUGAAAUCCAAAGAAGCCCGGAAAUACAUUUUCAACUGUUUGGAUGAUAUAGUGCAUGUGAACAUGGUGAUGGAUCUAGAUGGAAGUGAUCUUUUGGCAGAGAAAGCAGACAGAAGAGAGUUUGUCAGUCUUUUAAAGAAAAUGCUGUUGAUUGAUGCUAACUUGAGAAUCACUCCGGUUGACACACUGAGCCAUCCUUUUGUUACCAUGAAGCACCUCCUUGAUUUUCCUCACAGCAACCAUGUGAAAUCGUGUUUUCAUAUCAUGGAUGUUUGCAAGUACCGGUCAAAUUCAUAUGAGAUAAGUAAUUGCAAUAAAACAAUACAUUUGGGACCAGUUGCUCCAAGCAACACACUAGGUCUGAUGCCUAAUUUCACCAAGAUUGGCGCAGUACAGAACCAGACAUUAGCUGCAACAGCCCACGCGGUUAUGCAUCCUGGAAUACCCUUACAGGCAGGAACGGCUCAGUUUGGUUGCAGUGAUGCUUUUCAUCAAACAUUGAUUAUAUGCCCCCCUGCUAUCCAAGGGAUUCCUGCUAAUCAUGGGAAACUCAAUGGGUACUCUGUGAGAGUAGAUAAUGCAGUGCCAUUGGUAACACAGGCCCCAACCUUACUCCAAAUAAGAGGAGUCCUCUCUCAGACGUGGUCUAAUAGAAGUCAGCAACUAUUGUUUCCUACAUGGCAACACAUAACUCCUGUGGCUCCUGCUACAACACUUGCUUCUGAUUCUGUGGCUGGCCCACAGAGGCUUGGAGAAUGGGGGAAGAUGAUUCCUCAUGGUAACCAUUACAACUCAAUGAUGACCCAGCCACUCUUAACCAAUCAGAUAACUUUAUCUGCUCCUCAGCCAAUCAGUGUGGGCAUUGCACACGUAGUUUGGCCUCAACCCACACCUACCAAAAGAAAUAAAGCGAGGAAUAAUGCGUUACAAAAUACCAAUAUCCAAAAUUCGGCAUUUGUAUCUCCAAAGAUAAUUAAUAUGAAGGCUGAUGAAAAACAAAGUUUGGUAGAAACGCAGGACAAUCAUAAUUCAGAGAGGCAGGAAAACAGCUAUUGUGUACCAUCUGUCAGGCAGGAUCCUGACCCAUCUGUUUCAAACAAGCAGCGCCAGGCUAUCAUCAUUGCAGAUUCCCCAAGUCCAGCAACCAGUGUGAUUACCAUCAGCAGUGACACAGAUGAAGAUGAUGCGAUGCAGAGGCAUUCAGUUGCAGAAUGCAAAGGAAGUCUUGAUUGUGAAGCUUGCCAGAGUACACUAAAUAUUGACCGUGUGUGUUCAUUAAGUAGUCCUGACAGCACUUUGAGCACAAGCUCUUCUGGACAGUCAAGUCCAUCCCCUUGUAAAAGACCUAACAGCAUAUCAGAUGACGAACAGGAAAGUGGCUGUGAUACUGUGGAUGGUUCCCCCAGCUCUGACUCUUCAGGCCACGACAGCCCAUUUCUAGCAAAUCGUUUUUCAGAAGCAUCCAAUAAAAAAACAGAAACCAGAGCCUCUGCUAACCUGGAAGCCAAACCAACUGUAUGCGCUGUGGUUGUGCCACCAAUAAGGAUACAGAACAGGUUAAACAUAGACGGGCCAAUGACGAACUCAGUCAAUACCUGCCAACCGCUGGUAAAACGUCGAUCUGCUCGUGUAAAAACCAACCAUUCUUCUGGCUUGGGUAAUCGUCAGCGAAAAUUUAUGUCAGCAUUCCAUCAGCAGCAUUCAAACCUUGGUCAAGUUCAGCCAUUUGGAUCUGGGUCUCAGGAGUGGAAUGGAAACUGUGGUCAUUGGCGGCAGCAGACAUUCAUCCCAAAUAAUGUUGCUGGUCAUGCAUUCUCUCUUCCACAUGGAAGUCCCACUCAUACUUCAGUUCAUGCACAGUUGGCGGGAAAUACACAUCUUGGAGGACAACCUGCAAUUCUACCUUACCCAUCAUCUGCCUCCCUCAGUACUGCUGCCCCCGUGGCCCACAUUUUUGCAUCACCAUGUACCUCAAGACCAAUAUUACAUCAUCCUAAUUACAGUAUUUCGCAUCACGGUGGCAUAGUUCAUCAGGUCCCAGUGGGCAUAAAUCCCCGACUACUGCCUUCCCCAAACAUUCAACAGACUCGAUAUAAACCAGUUUUCCCACCACAUUCUUACAUUGCAUCACCUGCUUACACAGGAUUUCCACUGAGUCCAACAAAACUCAGCCAAUAUCCAUUUAUGUGAGACUCAAAUUACAGUAUGCUGACAAAGUUCAGAUAUAUAUAUAUAUAUACAUACAUAGAUAUAUAUGGAGAUAUGUGAUUUGAGAGGAAAACAUGGUAUUUAAUAAAUAUUAGCCAUGGCACAAGAAAAUUAUUUUUUUUAAAUCAUGUUAGACUUGGGUGCAAUUUAAAUAAUCUUGAGCUUUAACUCACUUUUAAUGUGUGUUUUGCACAUUUGGUAUAAAUUUGUCUUUAGUCAUGUUACCUUCUUACAAAAUAGCUCCAAACAGGUGACUUAAAGGAGUAAAAAUGCAGUUUUGCUCCUACUAUUUUUAUAAAAUUGCCUUCUGAUCUAGUGCGAGGCACUUCUACAUUUGGGAAGCCAUUUGAGUGUACAGGUUUAGAGCAACAGAUGCACACGUCAUCAGUAUCAUGUAUGAGUAACUUGUUUGUAUUAUGUAUAUUGAUGUUCUGUGUUGAAUCACAUACCUAAAAAGGUUGAACUGUUCUCCACAUUGCAUGUGUCCCUUGCAUGGGCAAAAAUGCAGUUGCCUAGAAAACUGCUCUUAAAUGUUGGUGUCCUGAUAAUCUCAGCUGCAUUGUAAACGGUUCCCACAUAGUGCCUUAAAUAUUCAAGGUUGUUAAUGUCACUGCGUUAUAAAUGUUGAGGACUGCAGCACUUAACAUUCAGAUUUGUUGAUUCUUUGAUAGAUUAAUGCACGCUCACUACUUUCUUUUCUGUUUUGCGUGGUAUGAUUUUAGUACUGGGUGAGAUUUCUUUUUUGGAAGGCAGCAUGUGUUGCUGUUAAACGAAUUCCGCUGUCUGAUAGUUUUCCUUAAAAUAAGCUUCAAGAAAAGCAUUUUGUAAUGUUUAGGAAAAGUUGAUUCAUUAGCUUGUUGAAUUAAAAAAUGGUGUUUUAUACUGUGGUGGAACUGCAAUACAAUCUAAAGUAGUUUAUUUUCAAAGUGUUUUAUAUCCAACUGGAUUUAAUAACCUGUUUAAAGGUAUAGUAGGAAUUUCCUGGGUAGAUAGUGAAAGAAAAUAAAAGCAAAAUGCUUGUUGAUUCAUACUGUGGUUUCAUCUUAGCUUGAGCAAACCAUGCAGUAUUUAAUAAAUAGUAGCAG